AUGUAUCACACAGUAGAGCAGUAUUGUGGGCGUUACACAUGGGACUCGUUCCCCUUGGGUGGACCCAACCGAACAUCAUGGGCUUCAGCCAAUAAUCGCCACUGGGCUCCUCCCUCCAGGCCUCUGGGACACAAUAGAGACAGGCCGACCCAACACCUCAGAAACAAAGGCCCUGACAGGGAGACCAGGGGCCCUCGGCCCUGGGACCCACUUCAUCCGCCCCUGAAUCAGCAUCAUAACCCUGAGCAUACCCCCAAUGGCUACAGCUCAGGAUCAGACGGGCACAUGUCCAACAGAAACAACCAUGCAAAUCAGUCAUCGAGGUAUGGAGGUCCUCCUCACCAGCAGCAUCGUCUCAGUAGCUAUCCUCUCCAGAACCAGAACCAUAGUCACAGGGAGAGAUGGGCUCCUCCUGCCCAGUCCAGGCCUCACCCUGCCCAUUCUGUGGGAGCCUCGCUGAAGCGCCCCGCCCCCUCCAACAAUGACCCCCCCAUUCGUCGUGUCUCACCCCUGUCCGUCGAUCAGCCCCCCAGAGAAGACUGUCCAAACAAAAGGAGCAGGAACAACAACUCUGAACAGAUGUUCUACCCUAAAGUGAAACACUUUGCUGGGCCUGGUCAGCACCUCCCUCCCCCACACAGCUCUCGACCCUGGAGUCCACCCUACAAGAACAAUGCAGCAUGGGCCCAGUCAGAUAAAAGGCCUUCUCCAUCAGAGAAUCAGGAGAUUUCUCAGUCGAACAGGAGGGACCACAGCUACAGAUCAAACCCAUGCCCCCCAUCACAACUCCCUCUACCACCUCACGCUGGCCCCAGCCAAGGUUUCCAUGGCAACAAGCAUCAAAAACAAGAGUACCCACACCAUCUAUGCCCUUCAGAUCCUCCAGGCCAACACUCACACAGCCGGCCUCCCUACAGAGGAGCCAGAGGGGACUGGGAGCACCACGUGCCUCCCACACCAGCAAGUGUCACCGGCGUGCCUUACAGCCAGCAGCACCAGCCCCCAGUCCCACAGAGGCAUGCCAGCUCCAGCAGCAUCCCCACAACAGUACCUCAAUACGGUUCCCGCAGCCCGCCCUGCCAGCCGCCACAGCCGAGCAACCGAACACAAAGCCGUCCCAGCAAGCAUAACAACGAGAACGAGCGCUCCGCAGCAGACCUGCAGCCUCAGCGGCAGAAGGUUCCGGAUGAGAGGGGACGCAGCUCGCCCAAGCAUAACAGCCAUCACAGGAGUUCCUCGCGGGCCGUCAGAACAGAGCCAACACACAAAGCUGGGAUUCACAACGGCACGGAGAGCAGAGGCAACAAUCACUCAACCUUUAAUGGGAGAGACGCUAGUCUGGAUCAGAGAGGUUCAGCACACAGGGUCUCGAACCAGUUGGAUCAAAAUUCCCCAAGCCCUCAACUCCAUGGUCCCUUUCCAGCUUCUCUUCCUCAGGGCCUUGAAUCUGGUUCAAGGCUUCAGAAUUUAGAGAGGUCAAAGGUGAAAAACGGCAAGCCCUCCAAACGCCACUCUUUGCCUGUCACCUCCCGCUCCAGCCCUGUCAGUCAGAAGAGUGAGACAGGCUACCUGAGUAAGCUGGACAUAGAGCUCCUAAAGCACAUAGAAGCAAAGAAAAGGCACAAGGAACGAGAGAGGAGGAAAGAGAGAAAGGGAGAGGAGAAAAAAAAAGAGACGAAAAAGAGAGCGGGAAAGCCGGAGAAACGCGAUACCAGGAAAGGAGAAGACGUUUGUAGAAAAGAGAGUACCGAGUUUUCACAGAAAACAUCUCUCCAUUCUUCUGGAAUUUUCUCUACGACCACAGAUCCCCAGCCUGCCUCACUUGUUAGAGAUAAAUCACCACUUCGCCCGAAACACAACUGGAAAGACAAGACAGAAGAGGAUCAGAUCAGCUGCAGCCCUGUAUCAAGACAAGAUUCAGCUUCAGUCCCACCCUCUGAUUCUUCUCUAGCCAAUAGGAGUCUCUCUCCCAUGCACCCAUUUGAAGACAUUGCCAGUAAGAAGACCACAGAGGAGAACCUGAAGCUGUACCCUAACAUGUGUCCAAGCACCACUAGCACAGACAGCCAGUCCAGCGGUGGCAGCGCAGAGCUGUUGAGCAGGAAAGAGGAGGAAGAGGCUUUGUGCGCCGAAGCAGGGCUCCAUCGUGCUCCCGAACUCCUCCCUGCCCACGCUGUAUGUGCUGAGGAGCUCCUCAGAGCGGACCCGCCUGCCAGUCCACCCGUGCUCAGCUGGCAGGGCUCCCCUGUGUCCGAUCUCUGUGAGGAUGACGAGGACGAGAAAGACGAUGACAUGAAUGGAGUGAUAAGGAGGCCGGUGUUGGAACCCAGCCCUACUCCUUCAUCUCCCUUUGGAGAUAUGGAGGACAUUAACAAUGAUAUAGACCAUGUCAGGGAUGGCUUUGGGACCGAUUACCGCCACAGCGACCUGGCCAAGCUCUACGGUCUUCCGGACGUUUCCAAGGUCAUCGAGGGUGAAGACGAGGAUGAAAUUGAAGACCCCGAGAUUGAACAUAAGGACGGCACCUCAGACACGUCCAGCACUCAAGCCGCUCACCGUCCGCAUUUACACCAAACGGAGGUCUUUAGUUCUCAAACCUCCCCCCAGGGAAGUCAAAGUCACAGGUAUACCUAUCGGGGUGGACCGUUUGGGCGCCCACCUCCCAGUGCCCUCGGAGGGGUAAAGUACUCCUCCUCCUUGUCUCUUGGUCCAGAAAUUCACUGUCAGGAACAGCAGAAUGGUGCUGCCAAAUCCCCAAGCCAGGCUACCUCAGAUCAGCCCUCCAACCCACCUACCCAGCCUGUGGAAAAAGAGAAAACAAAAGACGAGCAAGGAGGAGUAAAUGUUACUCAGAAGAAGGGUGAUGAUGACCGCACCAAGCAUUCAAAAGGAGUAGACGAUCCUUCCUGCACAUUGCCAGACAGUAAACAACCUUGUGUAUCACUCAAAUCAUUGCAGGCCUCGCUGGUACACAGCUGUGAGGUGCUGCUAACCAGACACUCCAACCCAACACGACCCUGUAGCCCUGUGUCAAGACAAGAGAAGAAGGUUGGUAAGGAGACAAAAAAAAGAGAGAAGAAGAAUCGCAAGAGGAAACUCGACAACAGCAUCGGGAAAGCUGCACAAAAGGGUGAGGGGGUAGAAACGAAGAAGCAGAAAGUCGAGCAUGCGGUCGAGGGUGUCUCUUCAUCUAAGGUAUCAUCCUCUUCCUCCUCUUUUUCUAAAGCUACCGCAAAGCAACCGCUGGAUGUUAAAAACAAGAGCCUCAGCGCACAAGCGGAAGAGAAACAAUGUGAGAAGGGGAAAGAGAAGAUAGAAAAGAGCGAAGAACAAACACAUCCCAAAGAGGACAACAAAAAAACAAAUGGAGAAGUGAAGGUGUCCUCAACACUCAUUCAUUCAAGCUCCACAACAACAAUAACACCAUCACCAACAUUGACAGCAGCCACCACCAAAACCUCCUCAGCUGCUUCUCCUGCUGGCACCCCCUCUGGUAGACCACCAUGUACUCUGGGCAGAGCAGACUUCCUCAAGCUCCAAGCCUUGUCCAUUGGGCCGCCCAAGGAGCUGAAGAUCCGCCUUAUCAAAGUGGAGAGUGGAGACAGAAAAACCUUUAUUGCUUCUGAGAUGGAGCGGAGGAGAAUUCCGCUCGGAGACGUCACCAUUAAGAACACAGCUGCAGAGGUCAUCAGGGCCUGCAAGGAGGCGGACGUGAAGGGGAAGUUUCGAGAAUCCUAUCUGCUUCCUGCAUUCUCAGUAAAGCCUGUCAUGUCCAGUGAGAAGCCAAUCCCCAGAGAGAAGCUCAACCCUCCUACGCCCAGUAUCUAUCUGGAAAGUAAGAGAGAUGCGUUCUCUCCCAUACUCCUGCAGUUCUGCACUGACCCCAAAAACCCCGUCACUGUCAUUAGAGGCUUAGCAGGAUCUCUUCGACUCAACCUGGGUCUGUUCUCCACUAAGUCUCUGGUGGAGGCCAACGCAGACCAUGCCGUGGAGGUGCGCACUCAGGUACAGCAGCCUGCCGACGAGAACUGGAAUCCAGCAGGUUCCGCCCAGACCUGGCCCUGUGAGAGCAGUCGCUCGCACACCACCAUCGCCAAGUAUGCCCAGUACCAGGCUUCCAGCUUCCAGGAGAGCCUACAGGAAGAGAAGGACAGUGAAGAUGAGGAGGAACCAGAGAAGACACAACCAGACCCUGCAGUCAACACACCCUCUGUCACCAACACACCCAGUUCAGAGCAGAAACCAACAGGAAAGAUUAUCAAAUUUGGAACAAAUAUUGAUCUCUCUGAUCCAAAGAGAUGGAAGCCCCAGCUGCAGGAGCUGCUGAAGUUGCCGGCGUUCAUGCGUGUUACGUCCAGCGAAAACAUGCUGAGUCACGUCGGUCACACCAUACUGGGCAUGAACACCGUCCAGCUCUACAUGAAAGUCCCCGGGAGUCGAACACCAGGUCACCAGGAAAAUAAUAACUUCUGCUCUGUGAAUAUUAACAUUGGACCAGGAGACUGUGAGUGGUUUGCUGUCCAUGAGCACUACUGGGAGGCAAUCAAUGACUUCUGUGAGAAACAUGACGUAGACUACCUGACGGGCUCCUGGUGGCCGGUUCUGGAGGACCUGUACCGUGCCAAUAUCCCAGUGUACCGUUUCAUCCAGCGGCCCGGUGAUCUGGUGUGGAUCAAUGCUGGGACGGUGCACUGGGUCCAAGCUGUGGGCUGGUGCAACAACAUAGCCUGGAACGUAGGCCCUUUAAACUCCUAUCAGUAUCAGCUGGCGCUAGAACGCUUUGAAUGGAACGAGGUCAAGAAGGUGAAGUCUAUUGUUCCUAUGAUACACGUCUCCUGGAAUGUCGCCCGCACCAUUAAGAUCACAGAUCCCGACACGCACAAGAUGAUCAAACACUGCCUCCUUCAGAGCAUAAAGCAUAUUCAGAUUCUGCGGGACCAGCUGGUCUCUACUGGAAAGAAGAUUUCCUAUCAGAGCAGAGUGAAGGACGAGCCAGCUUACUACUGCAACGAGUGUGACGUGGAAGUGUUUAAUCUGCUGUUUGUGACCAGUGAGAAUGGCAGUAGGAAGACAUAUGUCGUGCAUUGUGAGGACUGUGCCCGCCAGCGCAGUCCAAACCUGGUAGGAGUGGUGGUUCUAGAGCAGUAUCGCGUGGAGGAGCUCAUGAACACCUAUGACAGCUUUGUCCUGGCCCCUCUGCCCUGUUCCAGAUGA